UUAAUCUAUAGUCGUGGGUUUAGUAAGAGAGACUGUGCACUCGGAAGUUCACCACAAAGGAGGGACAAUGGCUUGGCACAGGCUGAUGGUGUAUUUGUCGACUGCGGGCUUGUUUUGCUUCAUGAUGGGAAUCAAUGUCCUGCUGUUCAUUUCGCAUUUGAUUUCACCAAGUCUCACCAAGAAGAUCAUUCUCAAAUUGGGUGAACGCGUCACGACGACGCAGAAUCCCAACUUCAAGUACGAAGAUUGGGGGCUCACGUUUUCCUCUUUUGCUUUCGUAAAAACCGCCUCGCAGCACAUGUGGUUGUCUCUCGGACAAGACGCCUUCGUGGGGGGAGAAGCUCCGGACACGCUGGUGGUCAACAUGGAGGGAAAGCAAACGAGCAUCUGCAACUACUUUAAGGGCAACAGGCCGCUGGUGCUGAGUUUUGGCAGCUGCACCUGACCCCCGUUCAUCUACAAACUUGAUGAGUUCAAGCAACUCGUCAAGGACUUCGGCGACGUAGCUGACUUUCUGGUGGUCUACGUCGCCGAGGCGCAUUCAACAGAUGGUUGGGCCUUUGCCAACAACAUCGACAUCAACCAGCACAAGACCCUGGAGGACCGGCUGUCUGCAGCACAGAUCCUGGUCGAGAAGGAGCCCCUGUGUCCCGUGGUCGUGGACGACAUGAGCAACGUGUCCGCCAUAAAGUACGGCGCCCUCCCCGAGAGGCUUUACGUGCUGCAGGCCGGGAAAGUGGCCUACAAGGGCACCAAUGGGCCUUGGGGUUACAAUCCAAUGGAGGUGCGUACUUUCCUGGAGAAGAAUGAAUAAGGUCAUUUGUCUAUUUGGCAUGUGACCUGUUUAAUUUGUAGGGCGUCUCUGUUCAGCCGGGCCAUGGGGGCGUCAACAUCCUAACCAACAAUAUCAAGACUUAAAUCUGUUAACUGCUAGAUCUAUUUUUUAAUAUCUGCUCUUAACUCUAAAAGAUAUUAUUCAAAAUGGCACUAAUGGGGCUUUUAGGCCUAUUUUUACUUUUGUGGAAAACGGCUCCUACUGUCAAUCUCUGAGUUUGGACUCUCCUCUCAAUCUUUCUGAGUGACGGCUGCAGAUUAAACCGUUUAACCGGCUUCUGUAGCCAGAUGAAGUGAAACGGAGAGACAGUCCGGUCAAGAGUUUGUGACAGCCCACAUUUGGAGAUUUGUCAUCUAAAUAGUCUUAAACUCUCAAGUUGUAAAAGACUAAUAUUUUAAGUCAGUGAACACACCUCUCAUGCAGGUUCAGUUAUUAUGUUUAGUAAAUAAAACCGUUCACAACACUUAAGGUUUUCCGUUUUUAAACGAGUGCUUCAAUAUAAAUUGACUGAAGUAGGUUUUUUUUAUAUGAUGAUUACAGUGCAAACCUCUGGAAACUGUAAUCUGAUGGAUGACAUGAAAAACGGCCUUCUCCGAUUUAUGUAGCAGCAUUUCUGAUGAAGUAUAAUGUUAUCGUUAUGGUACAAUAAAGAGCAACCUGGGAAAGAAUACUCCUGAAAAAAAUUCUCAAUUU